UUAUCAACCGGGGACUUCAAAGAAUGCACGUUGACCUGUCAUAAUCGCUGUCAUAACCUAUGCGUGUUCAAACUUUAAAAGUAAUAGGGUAUAAUAAAAUGUAUAAAUGUGCCGUAUAACUUAUUAGAAUUGGAUUUGGAUUUUGCUAGCAGAGGAGGAGAAACCAAAUAAAAUAAGAUUUUUAUAUAAGGGGUAAAGAGUAAGAUUUAUGGCGAAGACUGGCGAAGACGUUGCGAUUAGAUAACACUCGCCUGUAUUAAUUAAGGCAAUAUGCCUCGCACAAAAGUAGCAUGGCAAUAGCACAAUUUGACAGGAUGGGUGCCGUCCUUGUGCGUCCUGCAAAUCGCCCGACAAACUUAUAGCGGGAUGGCGAAGGUGAGGGAAAGCAGGGUUAGCUUGGUAACUGAUCCCUGCCCCAUCAAACCUCGUAAGAUCGGCCCGCAGAACGUGGUGAUUCGUCUGAGACAGAGGGAGACGAUAGGCUGCCCCUUUCCGGGCACGCAUGUACAUAGCGCGAGGCAGUUCUAUCAAAAUGUCUUUCCCAACUUUACCGUGAUGAACGUGGAGAAACCGCCGUGUUUCCUCCGUAAGUUCAGCCCGGACGGGAAGUACUUAGUGGCGUUUAGCGCGGAUCAAAUGUCUAUCGAGGUAUACCAAUAUUGCGGGGCCUCGGCUGCCGCGGACUUGUUGGCCGAUUGUGAAGGCGAAUAUAUCGGCAACAAGAACGACGACUGUAGCUUUCACAUACGAAAUAAUAUCUUCACACGAUUCUUCAAGGUAAAAUGGAUUAUAAAUGUAGUACAAAGCAACCAACAAUUGAACAGAGAAUGCAGUCUUUUCACAGACGACGCGCGGUAUGUGAUUGUGGGUUCAGCUGCUCAUAUCCCUGACGAAUUGAGACCACAUUUUUAUCAGAUUUACUCCAAUAACGAGGCGUUGACUCCGAAUCCUCGGUCUCCACUUGAAGAUUAUAGCUUGCACCUUGUCGAUUUACGUGGUGGAAAGUUAUGUGACACUAGACAUUUUCAAGUUGACAAAAUUUAUUUGUCGCAUAAUCAAGGUCUUUAUUUAUACAAAGAUAUAUUAGCAGUCUUAUCGGUGCAACAUCAAACUAUACAUAUCUUUCAAAUCCUGGAUGGCAUGUUUAUAAAUGUCAGGACGAUAGGAAGGUUUUGUAUGGAAGAUGAUGCAUAUUUAGUUACAAGCGCUUUUCCUGGAAUCAAUUGCAGACCAUUUAAAGACAUUGCGAUAAAUAGUCUUAAACAUAGGUUAUUAGUAUAUUUAUACAAACGAGCAAAAUAUAUCAGCAACGAAACAAAAGAUCCAUAUGAAUUGAGAAGAUUUUAUCAAUAUUUUGACCAGCUAAAUGCACUACGUAUGUGGAAAAUGCAAUUGUUGGAUACAAAUCAUAUCUUGGUAAGAUAUGCGAGCGAAGAAGUAGCGACUCUGCAAGCAAACGAACCAAAUGCACAGCCUGCGCUAUUGGUAGUUUAUGACAUGGUUACGGCAAAGAUUUUGGCGGCAUAUGACAAUGCAUCGACUCAACUAUUAACUCUAUUUGAAAAUUUUAGUGAUUUUUUCAGAAAUGCCAGGAUGAGCACGGAUUGCCAAUAUAUGUGUUCGCCAUCUAAUAAUAUAUAUGCCAGAUUGUUACAACAAAGGUUCAAACAAACGAUAAUAAGCGCUAGAUACGGUGGUAUUACCGAAGCCACGAAAAGGCUACUCGCUCAAUUGCCAAUAUGCGCUCAGUCUUACUCCAGUUCUCCGUAUCUCGAUUUGUCAUUAUUUUGCUACGAUGAUAAAUGGGUGUCUAUGAUGGAACGCCCUAAAGCAUGCGGAGAACAUCCAAUACGCUUCUAUGCCCGCGAUUCGGGUCUCUUAAAAUUUAGAAUGUAUGCCGGUAUGUUAGGACGUACAACACCAACGGCCGCAAGACGAUUGGUCGCAUUCACGUUCCAUCCGACAGAUCCGUUCGCAAUUUCAGUCCAACGUUCUAAUGCAGAUUAUAUCGUCAGUUUUCAUGUCAGGCAUAUUUGAAGCAUUUCUUUUCUUUGACAUGUGUACAUUUGGAUGUAAUGUCAAUAAGAUUUUUCAUUCAUAAUAUGAAAAGAAAGACAAGAAAAGAGAUUGUUGUUGCUAAAGUACAAAACAGAUCAUAUAUUUCAAAUAAAAAUAUUAUCACAACCAUGUGAUUAUCAGAGUCCGGAUCUUGGUGCCGUUUUCUCCACUCCAAGUACAUGCUGGCGGCCGAGCGCCGCGAAAAGCAAUACCGUCUAUGCCGGUCUAGUAAUGGUAGCAACCACACAGCAUGCAUGUCCAAAAGAUGUCCAGAAGGUAUCCAGAAGAUAUCUUUGGGCGAUUAGACAUCUUCAGGAUGUCUUGUUAAUGUCUUUUGAACACAAUAGAAGUCUUUUGAACAAAUAAGAUGCUAUAUGGAAAAGAGGGCACCGUCCCGUAGA